AUGGAUGAGAAAUUUUGGGUGAAUGAUGAAAAGGGUAUGGUGGAAUCACUGUUGGGUGUUGAGGCCUGUGAAUUCUUGAUCACAUCAGCGUCUAAAAACUUACUGAAUGAUUUAGUUUCGCCGCCUGUUAAUUCGGGGGUGCAGCAGGGUCUUGUCCAGCUUGCUGAAGGUUUCAAUUGGAAUUAUGCGAUUUUGUGGUAUGCUUCUGGCUUGAAAUCUGGUGGGCCUAUAUUGGUCUGGGGUGAUGGGAUUUGCCCGGACCCUAAGGGCAGAGGGGUUGGAAAUGGCAGCUCUAGCGGGGAUGGCAAAUCGGAGGGAGCUGAGAAGAGAAAAGAGGUGAGGAAGCGUGUGCUUCAAAAGCUGCAUGUGUGCUUUAAUGGAUCAGGUGAUAAUAAUUUUGCAGCCCGUUUGGAUGAGGUUUCGGAUGUGGAGAUGUUUUACCUAGCCUCAAUGUAUUUUACUUUUCGGUGUGAUUCAGCACAUGGCCCUGGAGAGGCAUACCAGUCUGGUAGAUCAAUUUGGGCAUCGACCAUGGCUAGCUGUUUGGAUCAUUAUCAACUGAGAUCAGUUUUAGCAAGAUCGGCUGGGUUUCAAACGGUGGUGUUUUUACCUGUUAAGUCUGGAGUUCUGGAGUUUGGUUCGGUCAAAUCAAUUCCUGAAGAGCAUGAUUUUGUGGAGAAGGCAAGAAGUAUCUUUGGGGCAUCCAGUACAGCACAGGCAAAGGCAGUUCCAAAAAUUUUUGGCCGCGAACUGAGUCUGGGUAGCUCAAAAUCACGAUCGAUCAGCAUUAACUUUUCCCCAAAGGUUGAAGAUGAACUGAUUUUCACUUCAGAACCUUAUGCAAUGCAAGCAAUGAAUACAAAUCAAGUUUAUGGAAGUACUUCUAAUGGGCGUUCUAGUGACAAGAGUGAAGCAAAACUGUUUCCACAUCUGAACCAAACAAUUGUGGGUUUCAAUGCUGAAACAUUGGUAGGUGGUUUGGAGCAGCCAAAGGAUGACUUGUCCCCUCAAGGUGAUGAGAGGAAACCAAGGAAGAGAGGAAGAAAGCCUGCCAAUGGAAGAGAAGAGCCACUGAAUCAUGUGGAAGCAGAGCGACAGAGGAGGGAAAAGCUCAAUCAGAGAUUUUAUGCAUUAAGAGCUGUGGUCCCCAAUAUCUCUAAAAUGGACAAGGCCUCUCUGCUUGGAGAUGCCAUUACCUUUAUCACUGAUCUCCAGAAGAAGAUUAGGGUUUUAGAAACUGAAAAGGGGAUGGUAAACAAUAAUCAAAUGCAGUUGCCAGUGCCAGAGAUUGAUUUUCAGCCUAGACAGGAUGAUGCAGUUGUGAGGGCAAGCUGCCCUUUGGAUUCUCACCCUGUUUCUACCGUCUUAGAAACAUUCAGAGAACAUCAAAUUACAGCUCAAGACUGUAAUGUGUCCAUGGAGAGUGAUAAGAUUGUUCACACAUUCUCUAUCCGGACUCAAAGUGGUGCUGCUGAGCAGUUGAAGGAGAAACUGGGGGCUGCACUUUCUAAAUGA